UUUAGAGGCAAAGUUGUUUGUACUUUGUCAUCAUCUGCUCCACAUGCGAUAAACCCCUUUGAUUAAUGGAGUCGGAUUCAUCUCUCCACUCCGUGACUAAAUUAUACACUAUAAACUCAUCUAAAUUCUAAACCCAGCAAUCCCAAACGAACAAGGAUAAUGAUGGUUUUCAGAUUCCGUCUUGUCCUCUAUGUUCUUUUCGUUACCUUCAUCGCUUGCGUACAAGCUCAAAAUGUUGAUGAAAUGGACUCAACAAUCAAAACAAUGGAGGAAUUCUCCGGAUAUCCACUUCAUGAAAUUGACUCCGUCUCUUCCUUCGCGGUGGAUUCUGUAAAUCUUCAGAAACAGAUUGAUGAACUUUCAAGUUUCUCGGAUUCACCAGCCCCUUCAGUAACAAGGAUCUUGUACAGCGAAAAUGAUGUACUGGCUAGAAGGUUCAUCAAGAAGUUGAUGAAAGAAGCUGGUCUUUCUGUGAGGGAAGAUGCUGUUGGCAAUAUAUUUGGUCAGUGGGAAGGUAGUGAACCAGAUCUAUCUGCUGUUUCAACAGGAUCUCACAUUGAUGCUAUUCCAUAUUCUGGGAAAUAUGAUGGGGUAGUUGGUGUAUUGGGUGCCAUUGAAGCCAUUAAUGUACUAAAGAGAUCUGGAUUUAAGCCUAAAAGGUCUUUAGAAGUAAUCAUGUUUACCUCAGAAGAGCCUACAAGAUAUGGCAUCAGUUGUUUAGGAAGCCGAUUAUUAGCUGGAAGUGUCUCACUUGCUACAGCUCUUAAGCAAACUGUAGACAAUCACAAUAUUUCCUUCAUGGAAGCUGCAAAAUCUGCUGGAUAUGCAGAAAAAAACGACUUUUCCACUGUGUUUUUAGAUGAUAAAAGAUAUUCAGCUUUUGUAGAACUUCAUAUAGAACAAGGACCUAUUUUGGAAAAUGAAGGAAUUUCUAUUGGUAUUGUGACUGCUAUUGCUGCUCCUGCAAGCAUUAAAGUUGAUUUUGGAGGAAAUGGAGGCCAUGCUGGAGCUGCUUUAAUGCCUCAAAGAAAUGAUGCAGGUUUGGCUGCUGCUGAGCUGGCACUAGCUGUGGAAAAACAUGUUCUUGAAUCUGGAUCCAUAGACACUGUUGGGACUGUUGGUAUACUGGAGUUGCAUCCUGGAGCAAUCAACAGCAUCCCUAGCAAAGCACACAUGGAAAUAGAUACACGAGAUAUUGAUGAAAAGCGAAGAAAUAAUGUGAUUGAAAAAAUCCAUGAAUCUGCUGUGAUGAUAUCGAAAAGGAGAGGUGUUGAGCUUUUAGGGUUUAGAAUUGUGAACCAAGAUCCACCUGCGCUUUCAAAUGAAUUAGUGAUCAAAGCAAUGGAAUCAGCCACUCAAGUCUUGAAUUUGAGUAGUAAGAAGAUGAUUAGUAGAGCUUAUCAUGAUUCACUCUUUAUGGCCAGAAAAGCACCCAUGGGCAUGAUAUUCAUUCCAUGUUAUAAAGGGUAUAGUCAUAAACCUGAGGAGUAUGCGUCCCCUGGAGAUAUAGAAAAUGGGGUGAAGGUAUUGGCACUAACACUCGCCAACUUAUCCGCCACCUGAUACAUAUGUUAUUAUGUUUGGAGUACAACGACAUCGUUUUACUGAUUUCUCUUUCUCAUCAAAAAAUAUAAAAAUAUGGAAUGAAGAAAACCAUGUGUAUAAAACUAAAACAGCUUUUUUUUUUUUAUUCCAACUUAUUUAAUGCAACCUCAAAAUUCCAUUAUACAAUUAUUUAACAGGCC